UGGCAAGAUAUAGCCAGUUUCCUAUCCCAUUCUUCAUAGUCUUUUUAAAGAAAGGUAACAUUAAUUUAUAACCUUUAAUGAUAAGUAAUUAAUAAUAAUCAACGAGGUGUAAAUCGAGCAGUUGGUAUAAUGUAAAUUUUAGAUUCUAAAAAAUGAAAAAAAGUUCAAGGAGAUUGUAAUACAUUUUGAGGAAGGUGGCGUUUCACGCGACAUAGGUAUAUUGAUUGUGUGUGUAGGGUGGCCGGCAUGAGUAAAGGCCGACGAAUGGGACACAAUUUUCGUAACGGCUCUUUGCGAAACUUAAAACUGUUCGGAUAGACUGAACGAUGAGCAUGAAUGUGAGAUGAUGCCAGGCACGUCUCGCAAAUUGGGAACUUCGAACGGUGGUAAAAACCGACUUCCUUUCAAUUGUUUUUAAUCUUUCUACACAAUAUCGAUGUCGAUGUUUCUGUCAAGGCUGGCAGAUGUUUAAUAUAUCUUCGCGAUUCGAUACGAUCAAGAGAUGCAAAGUGUAUCAACAACAUUUUUAAUGCACGAUUAUUCUGAUCUUAAUGAAAAUACAUCCACGUGGCUACGUGUGUACGGAAGUGAAUUUCGUAUCUGUUUACUACUGGAUUGACAGGCCCUGAGUGGGACACUUUAAUGGAGGUUCACCAUGAACCAAUUGAAAAAAACUAUAAGUUACUGGAAGAAAUUGGAAAAGGACAAUUUGCAAUAGUACGGAAAUGUAUGGAAAUAAAGACUGGAGAGUUUUAUGCUGCCAAAAUUAUGAGAAAAAGACGAGUUGCCAGAGGCGUGGCAGCUGAAGACAUUGCUCGAGAAGCAGGUUUAUUAGCACGACUAAGACAUCCAAAUAUUGUUUCAUUGCACAAAGUUGUUGACACAGGCACAACAGUUGUUUUACUUUUAGAAUUAAUUUCAGGAGGAGAACUUUUUCAUUGGGUACCAUCUGGUGAAUUAGAAGCUGCACAUGUGGUUCGUCAAGUUUUAAUGGCUCUUAGUCAUUUACAUUCUCAUCAAGUUGCUCAUUUAGAUAUCAAGCCUGAAAAUAUCCUGUUAUCAACUCCACCACCAAUGCCAAAUAUAAAAUUAAUAGAUCUAGGUCUUUCACAUCGAUUAGUACCUGGAUCUGAACACAGAGCAUUAUUUGGUACACCUGAGUUUGUUGCUCCUGAAAUUGUAAAUUAUGAACCACUCAGUUUGGGAACUGAUCUUUGGGCAGUUGGUGUUUUAACAUAUAUUCUCUUAAGUGGUGCAUCACCAUUUCUAGGUGAAGAUAAACAAGAAACUUAUGCGAAUGUUGCUGCUUGUCAAUAUCAGUUUGACAAUGAAUAUUUCAGUACAGUAUCUGAAAUUGCCAAAGAUUUCAUACAAUCCUUGUUGAUCAAGGAUCCAAAAGAAAGAGGAACCGCAGAAUCGUGCCUUAAACAUCCUUGGAUCCUCACGGAAUCAGAAGCCUCUCAAGGUCUUGGUGGAGCAAUGAUCAGUGCCGUUAAACGAGGCUGUGUUGAGGCUGUGUCUCAGUUACUAUUGCAAGGAGCACCAUUGAAUGUGAAAGAUUCUAAAGAAGAUACGCUUUUACAUAUAGCUUGUGAAGCAGGGGAUGAAGGAAUGGUAACUUUUUUAAUAGAGAAUGGAAUAGACUUGGAUACACCGAACAAGAAAGGCUUAACACCACUACAUGUGGCUGCUAGAUAUGGUUAUAUUAAUCUUGUUAGACAUUUGUGCCUUGCUGGUUGUGAUGUUGAUAAAACAAAUCGUGGAAUUAGAGCGGAUGUGACAGCAAUCAAAUAUGGACAUCCAGAUAUUGCAUCAUUGUUGGAUAAGCUUCGAAAUCCCAUUCAACGUGAAAAUUAUAUUAAACAGUUACAACCAACACACAGACCAAUAGAUCGUUUACACAUAAGACUCUUAGGACAUUGUGCAUCAGGAAAAUCAUCCUUAAUAAAUUCUUUAAAAUCGGGUAUUUUUAGUUUUGGAUUUUUUAGAAGAUCAAGAAGUCAGAAUUAUACUACAAAGAGAGAACCAAGUAUUGAAUUAGAUGUAACUAGUAAGCACGGCUCACUUAGUUUUGAGUACAGUGACAGUGAAUAUGAAGGUACACAAGGAGUAGAAUGGAGUCGCGGUAACGUAGGUGGUGAAUGUAUCUUUUGGGAGUUAUGCGGUCGGGAAGAAUUUUUACCAUCUUAUCACUAUGUACUUACUUUUCAACAACCUGUUGUACACCUUAUUACAGUUAGUCUUAGAGAACCACUCACUAUACAACUUCAGCAAGUAAAAUUUUGGCUACGAUUUAUUUCAGAUCGUAUUGCAUCAACUAAUUUUGGUUUUGGUGGCAAAUAUAAUGAUGUAAAAGUAAUCUUAGUCGGUACUUAUGCUCCAGAACCUCUUGCUCCAAAUACAAAUAGUGCAAGCCUUCUUGCCUCCCUUUUACCUUUUUUGAGAGAGUUCGCACUAAUUUUGGGAGAUGAACCCCAAAUGGUCGCAGUGGAUGCAACUAAUCCUUCUAGCCCUGGUCUGAAACUUCUAAGAUCAUACUUGAAUAAUGCAAGGAUGGAAUUUUUAGAGGAAGGACCGGAAGUUGCAGAAAGUAUUCUCCGACGUGACACGCCGCGGGCUGCGGCCUCGUACGUGCCCUUGGCGAAUCUUGAUAAACAGAGUGCACUAGUGUGGACUGGUCUUGCUGAAUCUUGGAGAUCGUACAUGCAAUCAUUAGAAGUAUUUCCAGUUAUGCUAACACAGGAGGAAUUUUUGAAGGAAGUGAGAAAAAUUAAUCCAUUAGUUUCCUUAGAGCACUGUAGACAUCUUGGCUUACAAUUACAGAAUUUAGGAGAAUGUAUGCUUCUUCCUGGGAAUUUAGUAGUUUUAAGUCCAGAAUGGUUUUGGCAGGAUGUAAUAAAUUGGCAAUUAAGCCUAGAACAAAGAGGACGUCUUGGUGGUCGUACUACAGGGGUUUAUGCUUUAGAAGAUUUUCAGGCUCGUUGUCCUUGUCCUGCAGGACAAGCUUUACAAGCUUUACAGGCUGUAAAUUUAUGUGUGCCGUGUGAGGUGGAUGAUGAUGAAGUAGAAUAUGAAAUACCAUGUUUAAAUCUCGUCGAGCGUUUACCAGGAUUAUGGGAACCAUGGAAAUCUUGCUCCAAUGUUUUACCUCAUUCUGGUCUUCGCCUUUCUCCAUCCGAAGCACCCUUAUAUCAUUUGACUGCAGUAUUUCCACAUUUACAAGCACAAUUGAGGAAAAUUACACAAACAUGGGAUCCAUCAAAUUCAGAUUUAUAUCAAUGGUGGAGAGGAUCAAAAUUAUGUAUUGGUCCUUGUGAAAGUAUUAUUACUUUCGAAGAAGAAGAACAGAGUUGUAUAGAGAUAAGAGUACGUGGACCGCGAGGUACCAGUGCUCAAUGUUUCGCUCUUUUCAGCAUUAUUCUCGAUGCUAUUGAAACAACGAUUGAAUUAGUUGCUCCUGGCAUGUUACUUGAAAGACAUUGGUUAAGUCCUAGUCAACUUCGGGAAUAUGAUGAAGUAAUACAUUCUUGGGAACCAGCACCAGUUAUAUCAGCUCUAAUUGAUAAAGGUCUUGAAGAAGCAACACUCAAAAAUCCUUUAAAUGGUCAAGAAGAAACUAUAUGGGAAAUAGUAGGUUGUGGACUACCUUUAAUAGAAAGUUGUCUUCCUGGACCAAAGCAACCAAUAAAACAAAUCAAGUCUGCUGUACAAAGAAGAUUGGCGCAAAUGCUCGAUCCCCCUGAUCAUCAUGGAAGAGAUUGGUGUUUACUUGCUGUGAGACUAGGUUUGGGAGAUCGAGUCGCGCAACUAGAUAGUACAGUAGACAGUCCAACAUUAAGAUUGCUUAACACAGCAGGUGCUGAUUGCACCGUAGGAUCUUUAAUACAACAACUACGAGCUCUUGAUCGGGAAGAUGCUGCACAUCUUCUGCUCUCUUAUACACCGACAUAUAUAUUGUCAACAGCUGCUGAUUCUGAAACAGGAUCUAAUCUUUCUAGAUGACAAUGUUGCAUUUAUCAAUGGUGCAUUAAUACUUUUUGAGGAAGAUGCAUUUCUGAAAAAAACUUUUAUCCUCAUUAUGGGUUUGAUAGACUUAUUACGUCACCGCUUCCGCCCAAUAUAAAUUGUGCAUUGCUCUUUAAGCUAAGUACAUACAUAAUAGUACAUUCCUUGUGUACAUCUUUAGAAAUGCACAUGCACCCAUGUGUACUUUUAUAUCAAAAUAUUAAAGCACAUUUUAAGCGGCACAAAAUUCUUUUAAUAUAUUCUUUUUAAUAUAUAUACACACAUACACACACACACGCGCGCGCGCGCGCACACACACACACACAGAGGUGAAAUGUUGCAUAAGUUGCAUAAAUUUCUGUCCUUUCUUAUGAGCUCUUAUAAUUCUAAAAAAGAUAUCAUAAUUUAAGUAUACUUGUUAGCAUAAAAUAUAUUUAUGCUAAUUCUGUGUUUCUUUUAAGUUUGCAAAUAUUUACUUAAGGAGAUAUAUAUAAAACGAAGUUUUAAUUUAUAAUAUUUAGAAUCUUUUUAGUUGUGAAACAUUUGUAAGCAUUUGUAUUGUGAUAUUAUAUUAUAUGAUUAACUACAUUUUUAAUCAAAUUUCUUAAGUAAAUUUGUAUUAGACAGAAUAAUUCUAAAUAUUACACAUAAAACACAUUUACACAUUAUAUAAUACGAUAUUAUCGUAUUUGAUACUAAUAUUGUUUUGAAAGCUUUACUUGAUAUGCAUAUAUACUAUAUGUCUUGCCAAAACUCAGUGUUAAUAUACGCUGCUUUUUAUGAUAUUUAGAAACUAUUUAUGUGAAAAAAAGGAGUGAAACAGUUCGCACAAUUGUUUGCUUUUGGUAAAUUUAUGGAAGCUCCAUUCUUAUAUGGACAUUUUUUACUAAAUCAACAUUCCUAAAAUAUUUAUUAUGUGCCAUAAACGAGAUUUGCUCAUUUAUACUUAUAAAAAAAGAAAAAAAAACGUUGGAACGUUCUCUAAAAAUUUCUAAAUUUCUAAAUUUCUAAAUUUCUAAACUGAUCCUUCUGCUGAUGUUCAUGGAAAUAAAACACUUUCUUAUUAACGAUUUGAAGCUUACGAUACAAAGGAUCAUUGUUCAAAACAAUCUCAAAUAAUGACAAUGGAUUUUGACAUAAGAUAUUAUUCAUGUUUUAUAGGCACAAAAAUAUUACACAAGGCGCACUGUUCAUGUGUAACGCGCAUGGAUGUAUGUAUAUCAUUAAAAAUACUUGCUGUUCAUCGAAAAACUAUUCUUUGAACAUAUCUAUUGUGUAUUAACUUUAUCCAGUGAACACUGCUUAUACAUAAUGUGUUGAAUAGGAUAUGAUUUUUAUUCCCAUCUGACAUAAUACAAUGUUUGAUACGAAUCUCAAAUAUAUGGGAAUAAUUGAACAUGAUAUGAAUAUAAGAACAAGACAAAAGUAGUGUAUCUAGUUACAAAAUAUCUAAAAAGUUAGUUCUAAUUUGCUCUUGUAAAAUGUAUCUAAGAUACUUCUGUUAUCUCUGUGUUCUAUGCAUAUGUAUUUGCUAUACAAUGAACAUUUACUAUGAUGUUGUGUGAUACACGAAUUGUCUAAUAUUUUGGUACUGAAUCAUCUUUUCGAUUUUGGAAUUUGGUCUUAAGUUUGCAUUCUUUUAUGCACUGUGUUCAUCAUGCAUUUAUACGUCGACGUUUGAAAUAUUAAACGUUUUAAUAUUGUACAUUACAUAGAGAAUUGUUUUCGUAAUGCGGACAUUAAGUUACAGACGAACAUUUACUUUUGAAAGUUUUGUAUUGUUAAUUAAUUAUUUAGUAAAAAGGACAUUUUGCAGAAUGGGAAAUUGAAAAAUAUAAUAAAUAUAAUUACAAUCGGUCUUUAUUUAUACCUUGUGAAAAAUAGAAAUAUAGUAAUAUUGAUUUUAUUGAACUUUGUAGUAUUUACAAUUUUCUAGUUUUUAUAAUAACCUGAGUGUUUAUUGAAACCUGCUCUUUUUAAACCUUUUAAAAUCAUAAUUGAGAGAUCAUGUCUGACCAAUGACAUCAUUGAGAGACUGUAUUCUUCAAGCUAUAAUCAAAAUUGAUAUUGAAAUAAUCUACUAGUGUCGUAAAACAAUUCUGAAUAUAAGAGAAGAAAAAAAAAGAUAAACGAACUGCAAAGUGUCGAGAAGUUGCGUUCAAUUUUGUUCAUCGCGUAAUGACUUAAUAAGUUGUAUUUAUAUUUCUUAUCCAUACCUUUGUAAAAACGGUCGAUAGUAAUAAGAGUGAAUAUACAUUCUGAAUGAAAAAACGUAUAUGCUGCGCAUUUAUUUGUAACGACAAGCGAUGAAAAAUAUAUUAGCUGAACGAGAUGUGUAAUUAUUCCUUUUAUACUAGGAAAGAUGUCAAUAAAGCCAUGUUGCUUCA